CCGCUUUGCUGCGGGGGGAAGCUUAUGCUUUGCUGCGGGCUCCCUGAUUGCUGCCCGCCCGGCACACCGAGUAGCUAGCAUGAGGUGCGCUGCCCUAUGCCUCGCAGCCCUCCUGGCCGCUCCCGCGGUGGCUCAGGACUACAGCGGCCUCUGCAUGACGCCCGCAAAUUACCAGGGGGGCGCAAUGUACGAUCACGAGAUUAGCCCGGCGGUGACGUGUGAUGCAAUCAUGGCCCACUGGACGAGCAGCGGCAACACCCUGGCGGGUUAUGACUUUUCAGUCGGCCUACAUUGCCCUCUCGAAUCGUACGACGUCAAGAACGUCGUUAAUAUUGUAGCGUCCUAUUGCUGCGGCACCGGUGACGCCGCUUCCCGGCGCAGCGCGUGCUGGGCGGACUACAGCCACGUCUGCGCGACGCCCGCAAACUACCAGGGGGACGCAAUGUACGAUCACGAGAUUAGCCAGGCGGUGACGUGCGAUCAGAUCAUGGACUCCUUCACAAGCAGCGGCAACAACCUGGCGGGCAAGGACUUUUCGUCCGCCAUAUACGGGGCAUGCUCUGCCGAAUCGUACUUAGUCCAGGAAACCGUUAAUAUUGUAGCGUCCUAUUGCUGCGGCACCGGCGACGCGCAGCGCAGUGCGUGCUGGAGGGACUACAGCUACGUCUGCGCGGACCCUACCCGCUGGACGCCCUCCGCCGAGUGGGAGGCCGCCAGCGCCUCCAACGGGAACACCGCGGCGUCCUGCCAGAAGGCAAUGGAAUAUUCUACUUCUCCCGGUAGCGGGCACGUCUUUGAAGGGUAUGAAUUCGUGGACGCCUCAUCUGCGGCGGAGUCCUGCACUACCCCCUCUGCCAUCGAGGCCGUCCGUGCCGUCGCGGCCAAGUGCUGCGCCUCCGGCAACUCUGUCUGCUCCGACACCGUCGACUCCGCCACUUUGGGCGGCCGCGUCGCUUCGGCGGUCGGCGUGGUGUCCGUUUUCGCCGUUCUCUUGGGAUUUCAUUGAAAGGGUCGUUACGUGACGUACCCCCUCCGAGUCCGUCCUCGAUUUCUAAUUUAGUUAUUAAUUAA